AUAUUCCAAAUUGAGAGGAAGAUAGAGAAGCAGUGACAUGGCGACCACUCAGAGCAAUGACCACGGUGCUGGCCUCCUCGAUGCACAGCUCGAGCUCUACGCCAACACGUUGGCCGUGGUCAAGUCCAUGGCCCUCAAGACCGCCAUGGACCUCGGCAUCGCCGACGCCAUCCACCACCACGGCGGCGCCGCCACCCUGCCCCAGAUACUCACCAGGGUCACGCUCCACCCCUCCAAGAUCCCGUGCCUGCGCCGCCUCAUGCGCGUGCUCACCCUCACCGGCGUCUUCGCCGUCGAGAAGCCUACUGCGGCCGAUGAGCCGCCCGUCUACGCGCUCACGCCGGUGUCCCGCCUCCUGGUCAGCUCCGGGAACCUGCAGCAGGCGCCCAUCAUGUCGUUGCUGCUCCACCCGAGCUGCAUCACCCCCUUCCUCCGGAUCGGCGACUGGCUCCAGCGCGAGCUGCCGGGCUCGUCCAUCUUCGAGCACACCCAUGGCCGGAGCUUGUGGGAGGUGGCCGACGGCGACGCCGCCUUCAGCAAGGUCUUCAACGACGCGAUGGUCUCCGACAGCCGCCUGGUGAUGGACGUCGUCGUCAGGGAGCACGGCGAUGUGUUCCGGAGGAUCAGCUCGCUGGUGGACGUCGCCGGGGGCCACGGCACGGCGGCGCAGGCCAUCGCCAGGGCGUUCCCGGAGGUGAAGUGCAGCGUGAUGGACCUCGCCCACGUCGUCGCCAAGGCUCCCGGUGGCACCGGCGUGGAGUACAUCGCCGGCGACAUGUUCGAGAGCAUUCCACCGGCAAACGCUGUCUUCCUCAAGUGGAUUAUGCAUGACUGGGGUGAUGACGAAUGUGUCAAGGUACUAAAGAAUGCCAAAAAAGCUAUCCCCUCUAAGGAUGCUGGAGGAAAGGUGAUAAUCAUAGAUGUUGUGGUCAGAGCAGGUUCGCCUGAUCAAAAACAUAUAGAGCUGCAAGCCUUGUUUGGUGCAUACAUGAUGCUUAUCAAUGGUGUCGAGCGAGAUGAGAAAGAGUGGAAGAAGGUUUUUAUCGAAGCAGGGUUUAGUGGCUACAAGAUCAUACCGGUUCUAGGCUUUCGGUCAAUCAUCGAGGUUUACCCCUGAAGGCCACAAUAGUUGUCGAUACACAAGCGGUCAUCCAUUUGCUAGUGUGGAGCAUGUAUGUUAAUUUUGUUGUUGUGAGGCUUGCAAUAAGUGUGUGUAUGCUUGGUUGUGUUGUAAAAUCGCCCAAUAAUUAAGUUUAUGUGGAACUGCCUGUUAUAUUAAUCCAUAUAUAUAUAUGUCGAAUCUAUUCUACACUCCCUUCCAUGGGCCAAAGCCCCCUCCUACCUCGGUCUAAGGCCGGUCAAAAGCCCAUCCUGCCGGCCAAACCGGCUUGCUACCUCCCCUCCGCCAUUUCUUUUCAGUUCCUGUCUCAAAGGAAUGUCAUAGCAAUGUGACGGCCAAUUUAUAGUAAAACGAUUGCUUUCGGCAGUAACCACAUCAAAAAAUAAUCAAGAUAGAUCUAGCUUCAUUAAGCACUUUUUUACAAACAGAAUAGUACAAACGGAUUAGAAAAAUAAUUAUGACGUGAGAGAUAUUGCUCUCUAAAGAUUGAGAUUUAAAAGAUUUUAGUUCUACACAAGCAGUACUACUAUGGCACCACUGUUACUAUUACAUGUUCUCUGUUAUUGCAAUUUGCAUUGUAAUGUUAUUACCUAUAAAUUUUGUAGUAAUAUACCAUUUUAGUGCCCUUCCGUGAUAAUGUUUCUAUCGAAACAUAGCAAUAAAGUAACAUAACUUCCCUUGUAACUCUGUUCCUCAACUUAUAUAAGGUGGGAAGGAGCCUCUCAAGGACAAGAAACACAAUCAGAUCGUCAGAUCAAUACAACAUCCAACGGAUACAAUCUCAAAUUAGAAAUAGGGUAUUACCUCUCAACGUGUGAGGCUGAAUUUGUCUAAAUCCUUGUUUUCCACAUCCAUUCAUUUUUAGGUCUUGUGCUACCCCAUUAUAUUUUUACAGAUGGAAACAUCGACAUAGAACAAUCACAUACGUUUAUUCAGAGCAUUAGAUUUGCCCUAUAAAGAAUAUGUAUUCUAGCCUCAAAUCAUAGGUGUCGCUCAAUUUUCUAUACUACUUCUGGAUAA